AUGGGACAUCGCUGUUGCAGCAAACAGAAAAUUAAGAGGGGGCUUUGGUCACCCGAAGAAGACGAUAAGCUUAUCAACCAUAUCACUGCCUAUGGCCAUGGCUGUUGGAGUUCUGUUGCCAAACUAGCAGGGCUGCAAAGGUGCGGGAAGAGUUGCAGAUUACGGUGGAUAAAUUACUUGAGGCCGGAUCUCAAAAGGGGUUCUUUCACUGAGCAAGAGGAGAGAACAAUCAUUGAUGUGCAUAGAAUUUUAGGCAACAGAUGGGCUCAAAUAGCCAAACAUUUGCCAGGAAGGACUGAUAAUGAAGUGAAGAAUUUCUGGAAUUCUUGCAUUAAGAAAAAGCUUAUUGCUCAAGGUUUAGAUCCCAACACUCACAAUCUCCUCUCUUCUAACAAAACCAACAUACUCAAAAACAACAUCAAUGCAAGUAACUCUUUUCGACAAGAAACGCCAGCUUUUACUAUGGAUACUUCAUCAAAAACUGCAGCAUCUGAUCUUUCAACUUUACUGCCUUGUAUUAAUAUUCCAGAAUACGAUCAUAAUAACACCAUACAGUAUACUAGCGGUUCUGAUCAAUAUCAAAAUUCUGUGGUUGUUAGCACUCAGCAUAUAAUUAGUCAAAGUGAUCUUUCGGCUUUGGAGUUUGCCAACUGUUCUUCAAUGGAAAGUAGCAAUGUCAUGUCCUCUUCUGGAUUUGGAACCCUAAAUGAGAGUUUCAUGUGGGAUGUUGGCGGCAUCGGAUUGCCAAUUGAACAACAAAAAACAGGACAAGAAGCUGAUGAAAUUGUAAUGGCGCCGCAGCGGCAGGAACAGAAUAUUAACGAGCUAAACAGUAGUAAUCAUCUGCAGAAUGUGGCCGAGGAUACUUUUGACAGCACUAGCUUUGAUUUUGAUUUUGUUGAUUCUGCACUACUGCCUUCAGGAGUUUAUUGUAAUGUCAAUUCCAUGGAUCAACUUGCCUGGGAUUAA